GUAGUAGAGGCGGAGGAAUGGGAAAACUUUCCACCCCAACAAGAACUGCGUUUUCUUCCUCAGCCUAGCUUGAACAGAGGCAGCCGAGGUGGGACAGCGAACCUAAGGGAAAAAGCACCAUGUCUGGGGUAGCAUCCACAUUGGCCAAGAAGAGGGCACUGGCCGCAGGCUUUGGUACCAACGCCAACGCGUCGAAAUACCUGAACCAGGACUUCGAGUCGCUCCGGAGCCAGUGCCUGAGCCGCGGACAACUCUUCUGCGACCCUACCUUUCCGGCCGCACCUGAAUCCCUCGGGUUCAAUGAGCUGGGACCUCGCUCAUCCAAAACCAGAGGCGUGCAGUGGAAAAGACCCGGGGAACUGACGUCCAGCCCUGAGUUUAUAGUUGGAGGAGCCACACGUACAGACAUUUGCCAGGGAGCCUUGGGUGACUGCUGGCUUCUGGCUGCUAUCGCGUCCCUCACUCUGAAUCAGGAUGUCUGUGCGAGGGUUGUGCCAUCUGACCAAGGUUUUGGGGAUGACUACGCUGGCAUAUUCCACUUUCAGUUCUGGCAGUAUGGGGAAUGGGUGGACGUGGUGAUUGACGACCGUCUGCCUGCCAGAGAUGGAGAGCUGCUGUUUGUUCACUCGGAGACCGGCUCAGAGUUCUGGAGCGCCCUGUUGGAGAAAGCCUAUGCCAAGGUGAAUGGCUGCUACGAGGCCCUGUCUGGAGGCUCCACCACGGAGGGUUUUGAGGACUUCACUGGAGGCAUAGCGGAGCAGUACGACCUGAGGGAGGCACCGGCCAACCUCUUCCAGAUCAUACGCAAGGCCCUGGAGUCAGGCGCACUGCUGGGCUGCUCCAUAGAUAUCACCAGCGCUGCUGACUCAGAGGCCAUCACAUAUCAGAAGCUGGUGAAGGGACACGCCUACUCUCUUACCGGAGCUGCAGAGGUGGGCUAUCGAGGCAGGAGAGAGAAGCUGAUUAGGAUGCGGAACCCAUGGGGCCAGGUGGAGUGGACCGGGGCCUGGAGUGACAGCUCUUCCGAGUGGAACCACGUUGAUGAUUCAGAGCGUGAGAAGGUGCAGGCUAGAGCUGAAGAUGGAGAAUUCUGGAUGUCGUACAAUGAAUUCAUAAGGAAGUACUCCCGCAUAGAGAUCUGCACUCUGACCCCUGACACACUCACCUCUGAUGACCUGAAGCACUGGAGCGUCAGCAAGUUCGAUGGGGCUUGGAGGAAAGGCUCCACAGCCGGAGGAUGCAGGAACCACCCCUACACCUUCUGGAUGAACCCUCAGUUCAAGAUCACGCUGAAUGAGGAGGAUGAUGACCCGGGUGAUGACGAGGUGGGCUGCAGCAUCGUGAUAGGCCUCAUCCAGAAGAACAGGAGGAAGAUGAGGAAGGCCGGAGAGGACAUGCACACCAUCGGCUACGCCAUCUACGAGGUUCCAUCUCAGUUCCACGGUCAGACAGAGGUCCACUUGGACAAGAACUUCUUCCUGACGCACGCCCAGAAGGCGCGCUCCGAGACCUUCAUCAACAUGCGCGAGGUCAGCACACGCUUCAAGCUCCCCCCGGGAGAGUACCUCAUCGUCCCCUCUACCUUCGAGCCACACCAGAACGCGGACUUCUGUGUUCGUGUCUUCUCAGAGAAACAGUCAGAGAUGCAGCCUUGCGAUGACCCUGUAGACGCACAACUGGAUGAUGACGUUGUGUCUGAAGAUGAGGUGGACGCCGGAUUUAGGGGAUUAUUUGCAAAGCUCGCAGGAGCUGACAUGGAAAUCUCCGCAACAGAACUGAGGACAAUUUUCAAUAAGAUUGUUGCCAAAAGAAGUGAUAUCAAGACAGAUGGGUUCAGUCUGGACACGUGCAGAACAAUGGUCAACCUUAUGGACGACAGUGGCAAUGGAAAACUCGGCAUUGGAGAAUUCGCCACUCUCUGGAAGAAAGUCCAGAAUUACCUGACCAUCUAUAAAAAGAACGACUUGGACGGCUCAGGGUGCAUGAGCACGCCGGAGAUGCGGAUGGCCUUGAAAGAAGCAGGUUUUACUCUGAACAACAGUAUUCACCAGAUCCUGGCAGCUCGGUACGGGGAGGCUGACAUGACGAUUGACUUUGACAACUUUGUGGGCUGCGUCAUGCGUCUGGAGAUGAUGUUCAAAUGUUUCAAGAAGAUUGACACAGAAGAGACCGGGUCCAUUGAGCUGGACUUCCAACAGUGGUUGACCUUUUCCAUGGUAUAGAGGACCCCAACAACAUCAGGACCACCACUUCAUCAUUUUUAAAUUCAGUAUUCAACCUGGCGUUACUACUCCAUCACCAGCAAUGUAGUAAUAAUAUAAUUAUAUUCCUGUUAAUGUUAUAGCAUGUGUUUAUUUUUCUGGAUUUUUUAGAGGGACUGGCCCAAUAUUUCAAGAAUAAAGCCAGCAUUU